AUGGCACUCGCAGUCGCCGCACUCCUGGCACCACUCUCCAGCUGGUUCGUCACCGUCCAACACGAAGUCGGACAGCCAUAUCUUGUAGGUUCACGUCCUGCUCGGCACGGCAGAAAGGUAAGGACGUUCUUCUCAUUCUCUUCACAGGACGAGGUCUUCCACGUCCGGCAAGCCCAACACUACUGCAACGCCCGUUUCGACAUCUGGGACCCCAAAAUCACCACGCCGCCGGGCCUCUACCUCCUUUCCUACGUCUUUUCUCCGCUCCUGGGAUGCAGCAUCUCGUCGCUGCGGCUCAUCAAUGCGGUCUGUCUGCUCUUCUUGAUGCUCAUGAUCGGCGCCACGUAUCAUGUUCGCAGAAAGGCAAAUGAUGAAACAGGACGCGUGAGCCGCAUCUUGAUAUACCACAGCGCUCUGAAUGCUGCGCUGUUUCCGCCUUUGUUCUUCUUUUCAGCACUGUAUUAUACCGAUGUGCCGUCGACUCUGUCGGUGACAGUAUUCUAUUGGUACUUUCUGCGGUGUCUGCAGGAGCAGUCGACCGCUGCCGGAGGCUUCAUACAAGUAGCGUUGGGAGCGGUCAGUCUUAUGUUUCGGCAGACCAAUAUCUUUUGGGUUGCUGUGGCGCCAGCUGCUUUGACUGUCAUCAUUGAGCUCGAUCGGGGCCUUCGGGUAGUCAGGGAGUCAAUGUACAGACGAGCGCAAGGAUUUGGCGAUUCGACGCUCAGUGUUGCCAAGACGAGCUGGAAGAUGGAUGUCCUCUACGACCCGCCUGUCCGAGACGCUUUCUUUGAAGGUACCUUUGAGCACUACAAACGUGCCCCAGGUCAUGUAAGCUGAUUCUCCGCAGACUACAUUCGAACUAUCGUCUCAUUGCUCGUCUGUGGCGUCAAAAUAUUGACGCAACCGCAACGAAUGCUGGCCAUGAUCCGCAACUUGGCGCCCUAUCUAACGUUACUGGCUUUAUUCGGCUCUUUCAUACUCUGGAACGGCGGAGUUGUCCUUGGAGACAAAUCCAAUCACGUCGCCACCAUCCAUUUAUCGCAAAUGCUCUACCUCUGGCCUUUUCUGGCAUUCUUCGGCUGGCCACUACUGCUUCCACACCUCGUCCUGGUACCGAUGGUCGUCCUCUCUCGCAUCGCGAGGACCACAGCUUUGGAGCAACUCCUCAUCUUCCGCCGCCAAUCCUUCCUGCCUCGCCUCUGGCUGCUCAUCGCCUGGACCCUGCUCGCAUGCCUUGUAGUGCACUUCAACACCAUAGUGCACCCCUUUACACUCGCCGACAACCGCCACUACAAUUUCUACAUGUUUCGCCUUCUCCUCCGCCCUCGCUGGAUGCGCUACCUCGUCACGCCGAUCUACGUCCUCUGCGGCUGGGCAUGCAUCGAUGCUCGCGGCGAUCCACCCAACACCAGCCUCGUGCUCGCGGAAAAGGACGUCUCCGCGAAGCAGGAACUCGCUGCGGGGAAAUCCUCCGACGACCCCCUGAAAGCCAACGCCGUGGGCGACGCAGAAUACGCCAGUAACCGCAAACUUCGCAUUCCGGACGGGAAGAGCACCGCCAUGGUCUCUUUCAUCAUGGUCUGGCUCGCCACUACGGCUCUCUCGCUCUGCACUGCUCCGCUCGUCGAGCCGCGGUACUGCAUCCUCCCUUUCAUCAUUUGGAGGAUGCAUUUGCCGAUGCACUCGCCCAACAACCGGCAUCCCGGCAGCAAGGAGAAGACUCUGCGGGAGAUGAUGCAGAACUAUGACUAUCGCAUCGUACUCGAGACGGUUUGGUUCUUGGCCAUCAAUGCUGCCACGGGGUAUAUUUUCUUGAAUCGGAAAUUUAGCUGGCCGAGUGAGCCGGAGAACGUGCAGCGGUUCAUGUGGUAG